CAUGGCAACGGAAACCCUCUUCAGACGGUGGUUCACCUGGAGGAGGUAUCUCCUUACUGGCUCCGUUAGAAAACAUGUCGCUGACUCCAGGCUGCUUGUUUUGUCGUGAUGUAGAGAUGAGCCACAUGAAGAAGAAGGGUCCCAGCGGUCUGAUCACCGUGCACUCACCUUUUCCUGUCAGCCUGUUAAAUUCAGAGGAGUGCGUUACAGAUGUGAAGCACACCACGGAGAGCAAGAAGAGCAGAAGGAGCAGCUCACAGCAGCGUGAAAGGACGAGGAGCACCUGCAGGUCUGUAACGCCAGAGAAAAGGAAUGAGGUGUCUUAUGUGCCAGAGUGGGCCGCCAAACGGGACUGGCUCUCUUACACCUCCCUCAGACAGCUGCAGGCAAAGAUGAAGGCUGAGAAGCAGCAAGUGAAGGAAAUACUCCAGCCAUUACAGGAGACAGAAAAUGGCUUUAUCAAGGAGUUGGAGUUUUUCCUCAGUCAGCGUGAUGUUACAGAGCUCAGGAGGAGAGAGCUGCUCCACAAACACUGGACUGAACAUGUCUGGUUUCCCAUCCAGCAGAGAGUGAAGGCGCAUAUGUCCAGCUGCCCAGAGGCCAAGAGGCGCCACAACCUCUACAAUCACUACCUCAAUGUCUGUAACUCCAAGGGGAAUGUCUUUCUAGAGACCUACAAUCCACAGGAGUACGAUCCUCUACUUCUCAACAUCAAAAUGCAACAGGUGAACAACCAGGGGUCAUUGGGCCUUCGUUUAAAUGAAAGACCAACAGGAAAGAGAUUCCACUCGUCUUUGGGAUCAGGGCAAAAACUCCACUGGACAAAAGCUGAACGGCGAACUAAAAGUCAUCGACCUCUGUGUGAGUCUGUGAAAUCUCAGGCCAACAAACGUCUACAUGCCUCAUCUAAAUAUCCAGCCUGUGGGUCCAUUAAAAGGCCAGUGGUCGUCGAGGCUGAGAGAAGCAAGUGGAGCAGGCCUAACACUAUACCACUGCACAUCAGUGCAACAGCCACAUCAGAUGGAAGGUGCCACCAGACCAGCUGCUGGUUCUCCAGAUAUGGAUGUCUGCAGGAACCAUCAAGUUAACAGUGACUUUGGCCACUGUGUGCAUCCAAAUAAAAACAAACAAACAUAAAAAAA